UCCUGCUGCAUUGUGGGAAAUGGAGGCUGUAUAAUGCCAGGCAGGAAGCUCCAAUUCAGACUCAUUUGUUGAUGUGUUUCAGGUCCGGCAACAUUUCUCAGUCAUCACUGUGUAUGGCAUAUAGCGUGAGCAGGAUAACAUACUUUCUUGUCACUCGGACGGACGCAAACCGGAGCAACAAUGGCCGGCGAAAACGCGAGUGUGAUCUUCAAGUUGUACUGCCUGACAGUGAUGACUCUGGUGGCAGCUACAUACACAGUGGCGCUGCGGUACACAAGGACUAUCUCAUCUGGAGACCUGUACUUCUCCACAACUGCAGUGUGCAUCACCGAGGUCAUUAAAUUAAUACUGAGCCUGGGGAUGCUGACAAAAGAAACGGGAAGCCUCAACAGACUGAAGAACGCCAUCGUGGAACAUGUGUUCUUCAGCCCAAAAGAGCUGCUGAAGCUGAGCGUUCCCUCUGUAGUGUAUGCAGUUCAGAAUAACAUGGCCUUUCUUGCCUUGAGUAACCUUGAUGCAGCUGUUUAUCAGGUCACCUACCAACUGAAGAUCCCGUGCACAGCUUUGUGUACAGUCCUCAUGCUGAGCCGCUCUCUCAGCCGCCUGCAGUGGUUCUCUGUCUUCAUGCUCUGCGGAGGCGUUACGCUCGUACAAUGGAAGCCUGCAGAGGUCACUAAAGUCCAGAUUGAGCAAAAUCCUGCUCUUGGCUUCAUCGCCAUUGCUAUUGCUGUUCUUUGCUCUGGAUUUGCAGGUGUGUACUUUGAAAAGGUACUGAAGAGCUCAGACACAUCUCUGUGGGUGAGGAAUAUACAGAUGUACCUGUCGGGCAUUGUGGUCACACUGAUCGGUGUUUGUGUGACCGAUGGUGAAAAAAUCCUGGAAAAAGGCUUCUUUUUUGGCUAUACACCCUGGGUGUGCUUUGUAGUAUUCCUGGCCAGUGUGGGAGGUCUGUACACAUCGGUGGUGGUGAAGUACACAGAUAACAUCAUGAAGGGUUUCUCUGCUGCAGCUGCCAUUGUUCUCUCAACUGUGGCGUCUGUCAUUUUGUUCGGACUACAGAUAACAAUCACAUUUGCCUCUGGUGCCAUCCUAGUGUGUAUCUCCAUCUACCUAUAUGGACUUCCAAAGCAAGACACAUCCAAGCUGAGCCGGCAAGACACAGACAAGGAACUCAAACAGAAACUGAUCACUGUGUGAGUCGCUGCCUGCAACAGAGAAACGUCUUGGACCAGGUUCAGCACACUGUCAUUGAGCUACUUUGGGCAAAUAAAUGUCUUACACUGAGUACAUACAGGGAGUUUUGAGCAUUGUAUCGUUUAGUGGUUGUUCUCCAUACUCUUUUUGCACACGUUGUGGACAUUCCACAUAUUUAGCAUAUUACUGACAUACCCUUUAUCUGUGAUCUUGAAUACAUUGAUAUUUCAUUUUGUUCCCAUUGUUUAUAGUAAACUGGUCCUGUUAAAAAAAAGCUUUCAGUACAUUUUCAGUCUGACCAUGGCAACACGCGAGGCAUUGUUAUCAAAUUACCCACUGGAAUUCAAGUGAACCGUUAAUCAAUCAUGAGGAUAGAGUUGAGUUAUAUCACUCAGGUCUGUUGUUUUCAGAUGUCUAAAACAAUAGUAGGAAGUUCAAUUAAGGAAGAUUAUUUUUAUUUUUUUUAAAUUUAAGGCUCCUUAUUUACAAUUUAUAAAAAAAAAAAAAAAAAAAAAUUAACAAUAACCAUAUUGGUACCUGCAUCAGUGAAAUAACACUAAGUUAUCACAUUUUAUCAACCGGUGUGAUGCCGAGGAUCCUCAUCCCGUUGGCCAGGACUGAGCAGGCUCUACUGAACAGUCGUAACCUUGCCUGUUGACAUUUAGCAAAUGAGAUAAUUCAUUAUUUUGAAGAAAAAAAAAACACACACAUUUUCAAAUUGAAAACUAACAAUUUUACUAACCUUAUUAACAAUGUCUUAAACUGUAAAAAUGUAGUGAAAUUGUAACCUGUGACCAUCUGUAAACACAAAUGUCGCCAGCAAAUUCCUGACCUCAACUACAGAAUUAAAAUCUUGGCUAUUCUCA